AUGCAAUAUAAAACACACAACUCAAGUGAACUUGUUAACAGUCAAUAUUUAAAAUCCGUUAGUAAAAUGUCACCGAAAAGAUCAAGUUUUUUGGCAACGCAAAAAGAUUUUCAAGAUUUUUGUCAUUUGCCUAUUUUUUUAUUGUCCAGCAUUGGUUACGAUUUCAAAAAUAAAACCCGACCGAUUUGGUUGGUUAUACUGGGGAAGUGCUAUUUUUUAUUUGCAAACAUGUCUCACUUAUACGUUUUCAGAUACAUUGCUAAAGCUACGUUCAACAUGAUUAUAUCCACCGAUUUCGAAUUAUCACUAUUGUUACGUUUAAUAUCGGGUUUUAAUUAUGCCGUAUUUUCUACUGUCAAAUUCAUGGCAUUUCAUUGGUAUAGGAAAGAAUUAAUAAAUAUUUAUGAAACUCUUGAAGAAAUAUUUCCCAAAACUCACAAGGAAAAAUUACUGUAUAGAGUACGAGAUCAUUUUUGGCCUAAAUGGAUUUUAUUUAUUGUGUAUUUUUAUGUUGGAGCUGUUGCAUUUAUUGCCACUUCACCCCUAAUGGAGGGUAUUGUUUUGUAUUUAGCGAAUGUGUCUAAGGUUGGCUGGAGACUAGCUGAAUUUGGUUACUUUAAAUUAUAUGAAAUCGAGUAUGGUUUUGAUCAUCACAGUACAUUUUCCUAUUUGAUCACCUAUAGCAUGGAACUAAUGCAUGCCCAUUACAUGGUGAUGUGUAAUCUUUGUGCUGAUAUCUGGCUGCUUUGCUUUGCGCUACAAUUGUGCAUGCAUUUCGAUUACGUCGCUCGGUCAUUGGAGAAUUAUGAACCGAAUGAGCAGGAGUUUGUAAAAGAUCAAGAAUUUAUAGCUGAAUUAGUUAAAAGACAUCAAAUUUUAUUAAAUAUUGGUGAUGGUUUAAAUUCUGUUUUUGGCGUUCUACUUUUGUUACUGCUAAUGGCCACUGCUGCAACACUUUGUUGUGCCGGAAUCUAUACUUUAACUCAGGAUUUGGGAAGGGAAUUUAUAGAAUAUGUGGCUUUCUUGCCUACCACAGUUGGUCAAUAUUAUCUAAUUUGUUACUAUGGCCAACAGUUAAUUAUAAGGAGUAACAGUGUAACAGAUGCCGCUUACAAUCAUUCGUGGUACAACGCCUCCAAAUCCUAUAAAAAGUCGAUAUUUAUUAUUAUAAUGCGUUCCCAAAAGGGGGUAGAGUUAAAUGCUGUAGGCUUACAGCCAAUAUGUUUGGAAGCUUUUAAAAUGUUGAUGGGCGCUACUUAUCGGGUCUUUGCUUUGUUGAAAGAAACUACGCUGUAG